AUGGCAUUAGGUAGAAUUGUUGCGCUCGUGGUGCUCAUUGCAUUAGUGCCAACGAGCGCAAGACUAGAUACGCCCAAGUCAGGACUGCGUCAGGUCAUCAUCCUAUCUCGUCAUGGAGUACGUGGUCCCUAUGGUAUGGGCACGGAAAUACCAUCGGAAGAGCUUUUGAAGAAGUAUGUGCGCAACUCGAAUCUUAAUUUGCCGCUCAGUGCGAACGCAUGGGGCACAUCAGAAACCGAAGAUCCGACGGAAAUCGUGUCGCCCAAGCUCACAAAACACGGCUUUCGCGUCGUUCAGAGAAUGGGUGAGUACUUUCGAGACUACCUCUACAAUGAGUUUUUGAAUGCUACAUGUGAAGAAACCUUUUCGUAUGCUGAUAAUAAUCAACGUGAUAAUCUGACUGCGGCAGCGUUCUUGAGCGGGCUUUAUCCAUCGUGCAAGGAACUCGUACCAAUCACUAAGGAAACCCAGUUGCUUUUCGAGCAGGGACAAGAUCCUACAGCCAACUGCCCAGUGUGCUCGAAAGCUAUUUACGAAGGCAUAACUGGAAGCAAUGACACAAGGUUCAUUCUCCAGGAUAUUUGUGAGGAAGUCACAGAAGUUAAUGACCUUCUCCAGUGUUGUGCCGCAUCCCUAUGUCCCGAUAACAAGGAUUCUCGUAAUAUCGAUUUGUCAGAGCGUUCCGCAAAAUGCGAUUUGUUUAGGAUAUCUACGCAAUGGAACGGGGCAUUCUAUUUGCCGUGGAAAGACACCCUCUCUAAUGCUGACUAUUUCUCCGAGUGGCUUUUGUUGCAGAGUCUCAACAAUAUGAGUCUACCUUCGCAAUUAUCGUUCGAGAAAAUUUUGUCUCUUGCCAAGAUUCACGAGACUCACAUGGAUCUCAUUACGAAUGAAGUCAACUCUGCAAGUUUUGGUGCAACUCUUCUUGCACAUCUCACGGCUAGUUUUGAGCAAAACAUAAUGCAAAAGCCUUUGCCGGUGGCAAAAGGUGAAGGACCUCGUCUUUUGCAAGGACCGGAAAACCGAUUGUUGUAUUAUGCUGCCCACGAUAUUAACCUGCUAUAUGUUCGCAACUUGCUAAGGCUCCAGUGGUACACAAAAGGAUGGCACCCACAUCAACCAGUACCAGGAAGCAUGCUUGUGUUCGAGCUCCACGCCACAACCGCAAAUACUAAGGAUCAAGCCUCUCUCAGUAUUUUGAAGUCUCGGAAGCUUAAGCUUGAUGAUACUGAUCAGGCGCGUGUAGCAUGGCAUGCAGAAGGGGCUGAAGGUGUGCGCUCCGACGACAGUCGAUUCUACGUAAAGUUAUACUUUGUUGCGGCUUCUCCUGAACAGAUUCGCAAUGGUGAAGAGUUAUCCGCUGACAGCCCUCCAGAUCGUGUGCAAGUUAUCAUCCCGUCGUGCUCGGAGGAAAUGGACAUAGGCGAUGGAAAGAUUGAUGUCCGUUGUCCUUUUUCAAAAUUCAAGCAGCUAAUUGGCAAGACCCUAAAGCAUGCGUGCGUCGCUGAUACGCUGCAACCGUUUAUUGAGUCAUUGACCUACGCACAGAAGCUGGACAGGAACCGUUUGCUGCCAAGCACUGUCAAGUCGGAUCGAGUGCGAGAGGUUGAAAUGAGCAAUCCUGAUAGCUUCGACCAACCGCCGAACGAAGCCGUAGCGUAUGAGACGGUGCCGUGGACGGUAGUGAGUCUUUUUGCUCUCUACUUUCUUGUGCUUUCGAUUCGUCAUGUUGCCAAACACCGUAGUGAGCGACAGAAGUAUGGGGCCAUUCCAAUGCGGAUGAACAAACGCUAG